AUGUUUGGGCGCCGCCAACCAUCGCAGCCAGCGCCGGCCGCCCAUGCGACGCGGAAGAGCUCGAUCCAUGUACCCUCGUCCUCGUCCUCCAAGGGCUACGAGAAGAUGGGCCGCUCCUUGUCCGACUCGUUCGAGCGGCGCGGAACCGCGGUCCUCUCGCCGCGAAAGCUGCACCGGAAGAACUCGAUGGACCUCCAGCCCGCGGCCACCAUCUUUGAGAACGGCGUGUACACGCACGAGGUCGUCGAGACGAUCGGGUCGGACGCGUCCAACGCGCCAAGCGCCCCGAGCCUGCGGCAGCUCGUGCAGCAGAAGCACGUGCCCGUGGCCUUUGCCAGCUUUCCGUGGAUGGAGCACGUCAUUGGCCUCUACACCUUUGUCUGCGCCGACCGCCUCAUCGUGUGGAACUCGCACGCGCUGAACCGCGCACUGUCGCUGCCGGAAACCAUCUACCUCGAGUACCCGCGCGACCUUGGCGCGUUUGCGACGCAGCACGCGCGCACGAUCGUCUCGACGCAUGCGACCGAAUACAGCGCGUCCAAGGUCGCCAUUACAGCGACGCUCUUCACGGCCGACGGGUCGAUCGUCACGUGGCACGACAUCCAGUCCUCGACGCCGCCGACGUACACGCGCAUGGCACUGCAAGACGGUGAGCAUCUCGUGCACGUCUCGGGCCGCUCGUUCCCGCUCUAUGGCGCGACGUCGUCGGGCCGCAUCUACCAAGUGACGCUCGAAGAUGGCCGCGUGCACGCCCGAACGCUGGCGUCGCACGCGAACGGCGGUGUCUUCUCCGGUAUCUUUCGGCUCUUCUCGUCCAAGACGCCGUCGCCGAUCUUGCUCACAAAGGCGCUGCCGUCGUCGUCCGAGAUGUUGGUGCUGCAUGUCGACUCGACGCUGGAGCGGCUCGCAAUGACGCCGAGCGGCCUCGAAGACCAGUGGCGCUUUGAGAUGGCGUCGUUCAUGUACAACUACUUUGCCCAGCACGAGCAUGAAGUCCUCGGGUAUGCGCGCUGCCUCGACAUGCCGAUCGCGACGCCGAGGUCGUUUACGAUGCUCAUUGGCUUCCAGGCCGCGUCCAGCGUCGUGCUCUACCUCUUCGAAUUCACCGCGACGCUCGCCGAGACGCCGCAGUUCCUCCGUUGCCUCCGCCUCGGCACGCCGGAGAGCAACGCGAUGGACUGUAUCUCGUGCCACGUGGUCGAUGCCAGCAGCAUCUACGUCGUGACGCCCCAUGUGGUCUACGCGGUCUCGAUCCCAAGUGUGGGCGAGAUGUCGCUCGAGCUGCUGCCGAUUCCGACCGCGAGCUGGGUGGGCGCUGGCGGGUUGCGCGUGCGCGACACCAAGUCGAUUGUGUACCUCGAGCUCGGCGCUGAAAGCGAUGGCGACGUCCUCGACGGGACGCUGGGCCGCGUGACCAACUACAACUGGCAGCUGCCGUUGACAUCCAACGCACCGCCGCCCAAGCGGCUCAAGACGGACCCGCGGCAGCUCUUUUCAAGCUCGAACGUCGACGAGUGGUGCACGGUGCUCCUCGAGCAGUUUCAGCAAUCGUCAUGCCACUUGGAGCUCGUCGCCAAGAGCGAUCAGAGCCGCCAGGCGUUCCAUCGCGCGGUUCUGGCGCUCGACAGCGACAUUUUGGACGCCAAACCGUCGACGGGCCUCCGCUGGGGCCAGGACGCCCAUGUGCUCACGCCGCAGCUCGUCAAGUACCAGCUCCAAGAAAAGGCGACGCGUCACGCUGCCUUCACGUCGUUUCUGGCGACGCACCCGGACGAACUGGCCUCGUCCCUGCCGCCCCACGUGCGCGCCGAGCUCGACGCGCACGACACCAAGCUUCAUGUCGCCAUGACGCUCUGUGCCAUGCAAACGAGCGACGACCCGCGCCUCGAAGAGGUGCUCCGCCAGGCCAUGCAGCGCACGGUGCAGUCGCGCGGGUACACGCCGGAAGAACUCGCGGCCUCGGGCUACUCGGCGUUCGACAUGUUUUACUGCGACCUGACCCUCUUUGACGACCUCUUUGUGCACCUGUUCGCGGACGACGAGUACGUCGUGGACCGUCUGCGCUUGCUGACGCGCCUCCUCGACGCGGCGCACACGUACGUGGCCCAGCACGCGUUGAGCAAGAGCGUGUGGGCGGUGGCGCCGGCGGUGCGCGACACGGCGCGUCGCCUCUUGCAAGCAGCCCUCGAACAAUCGAGCGACGAGGCCGACGUGCUGGCAUGCGUCGAUCUCGCGACGACGACGCUCGUGCCGGCCAUGGACGACGAUGCAACCGAGAAGGCUGCGUGGCAGCAAAGCGUCGCCGUGCCCCUCGUGCACGUGGCCAAGCACGCAGAGGCGACGAUGGCACUGGUCCGCGCGCUCGACUUUUACGAAGGCAUGGCGUACCUCGGCGCGACCGAGUCGAGUGUCACGAACGCCCGGUUCGCGCACUUUCUCUUUCAGUGGCACGCCGGCGAAGUCGCCAACCCAUGGGACAACGACGAGCGUGGCCAGCGCCUCGAGGCACUCUUCCACAUGCCGCGCGAACUCCUCCCGGCUCUGCACACGUUCCUUCGCAACCAUGCGACACUCUCCAAGCACGCAUGGAUCGUCGCGGUCGAGCUCGGCCAGUACAACGAAAUGGCCGCGCAAGCGCUGCGCGACGCCAAGGAUGAGACGACGUCGCUGGCCACGAAGAAGACGCUCGCGAGCCUCGGGAAGCUCGCUGCGUACGCUCACGACGGCAGCGUCUGUACAUCGAGUAACCACGAGCUCGAGCGCAUUCACAUUCAAGAACUCAUGUGCGCGGGCGACGCAAGCGUGCCCAUGUCGCCGCACGAGCUCAUUGCGUCGUGCUUGGAGCCGCUGGGCGCCGACGGCAUCGACAAGGAACAACGCGUGCUCAUGGCGCUCGACGUGGUCGACUCGCUGGUCGACGACGCCAGCGCGUUGACCGAGUGCCGCGCCCGCGUCUGGCACGCGGUCCUUGCGCACGAUGCGGCGCAGCUGGCUGCAAUGGCCGACGACGUGGCCGCGCGCGCCAAUGACGUGGCCAUCGAAGCGCGCAUGAAGACGCUCUUGGUCCAUGCCGUCGCGCGGCGCUAUGGGUCCAAGAUGACCAAGCACGCGAUGGCAACGCCGGCGGUCGUCGACGCGCUUCUGGCCGAGAGCGACGACGACGACAAUCUCUUGCCGAGUGACGUGAACCGAACGACGGUGCGCACGCUGAUUUUGCAGACACUGGCGCUGGCGAAUGCGUAAGCAGACUCGGUUUGCGCUGAUACGUGUUGCCUAAGAUGAUUAUAUACCGCGUCUCUACUCUCUACUCGACAUCUU